CGUCACACUGUUGUCGGACAACUGAGGGAAUUAGUAAAGACACUGAAGUGGUUGCCGUGUUAGAUUCAGAAUACCUUGGUAUUAAGCAUGUAUUUCGGAAUUAUAGCACGGGAAGCACUAACGUUUUAAACGAGUCCAGUACACCCACAUAAAGGGGUUAUAAUGGACCAAACAGUUACGCUGUAUUAAUCACAUUUUUACGUCAGAGAAAUCCGCUACUUUCGCCAUGGCUUCCCCGAGCGCCAUCCGAGAUAAGCUGCGAAAGCAGCGGCGAUCCUUGCAAGAAACCUUGGGGAAACUCAAACGUGAGGGCGACGACGAGCAGGCUCUGUUUCCGUCCUCCAGGCUGAGUGAAGAGUCGCUACAGACAACAAUGAGGGACGCUCAAAGCAGCGAGGAAGACCCUGGAGAAACCCUGAAGCAAAAGUUACGGGCCCAGAGACAGAUGAGAAGGAAAAGGCUAUUGGAGCAGAUUUCCACCCAGGAGUUCCCCGCUGAUGACGUGCAGGAGCUUGCCAGCGCUCGGCACCUCAGUGAAGAUGAAGGCUCUUCAAAGAGGACCACAGACCUUCAGAGAACGAGCCUUGCCUCCAAAGCCCCGAAGAGUCGCGCCUCGCAGCAGUUUGACCGCUUUGUCACGCGCCGUUUGGAGGAGAAGCUGAGAGCGGCCAGGUCGCAAGGCGAAAGCCUCCAGCGUCAGGAGGCGUCGGAGGUCGACGCCAGUCGCCUGCGCGGCCUCCGGGACAGAACGACGGUCACGAGGUCUGACAGAGAGGUGGAUUCGGAGGCCGAUUCCAGCACUCAGCCUGUUCCUCAGGCCGCCAGCUCUCGGGUGAAGUUCCAGGAGAGCAGCAAAUGCGUGGAAAAGGAGCGGCCAACCACCGAGGAGGCGUACAACUUCUUCACGCUCAACUUUGAGCCAGAGCCCGAGCCGGAGGAGAGCACCAGCGGAAAGAGUCAGAAGCAGAGGAAAACGGGCGAGGAUGGCGGCCAAGAGCCGGAAGAGGCUGAGGAACCCAGCCCCGAACAAAGCCAAGACCGUAACGAGGAAGAACCGCUCAUGCAAGACGAGGACGGCAACGUCUUUGUCAUCGAGCAAACGUCCAAGGAUUUUGUGGAAGUCAAGAGCGCAGAGUACAUCGGCCUGCGGGCUCUCGCCCUGCGCCACCGCGCACUCGUCUACACGCCGAGCUCUCAAACGGUGCCAAUCUCAGUGAAACUCCCCGAGAACGUGAGGCCUCGCUAUCUGGAGGAGGAGGGUCUUUACGUGGGCGAGCGGCCUACCGUGACGUCCACCAACGAGAACAUUCUGGAGAACCGCAUUUUGAAAAUGGAGGAGGGAGCCAAAUGGUUCGGCGAUGACGGCAGGAUCAUCGCUCUGCCGGACCCCAUCAAGGAAUCCUCUACCAGGCCGCCGCUCUUCCAUAUGGAGGACGACCUGGAUCCCGCCCUGCAAACGGUGUACAGGAAGCCGCUCAAUUCCAGGCACGUCCAACAGCACAGCACCGACGCGGCGGACGGCGUCGCGGAGGGACGCUACCAGCUGGACGUGGAUGUGUCGGGACUCAUCUUCGCCCAUCACCCGCUCUUCAGUCGCGAGCACGUGCUGGCGUCGCGUCUGGCUCAGCUGUUCGACCAGUACCUCAGUCGACAGCGCAACAACCUCGCGGAGCACCUCACGGACAAGUUGAACGGCUUGAGGAACACCAUGAGGAACAUGCUGGAGAUCCACAGCGAGCUGAGCCUCUCCCAGGCCAUGCAGCAGAGGAUCGUAGAGUACAGCGUGGAGGUCAAGAACACGCGUCUACUGCGGGACGGUGAGCAGGAGAAGGACAGGAUGCUGCUGAAGAGCUUGAUCAAAGUCUGGAAGGAGCUCAAGGCCCUCAGGGAGUUUCAGAAGUUCGCCAACACGCCUUAUAAGCUCUAUCUGAGACGGGAGAACGUGGACCGCCAGUCGGACGAGCGCCAGUACGAGAGCGACAUUUUGUCCGAGGUGUGGGAGCUCGAGGCCGAAGGCGAGGUAGACUACCAGAGCAAGCUGGCCGAGUACAAGAAGCAGCUUGGCGAGUGGAAGGCUUGGAAGAGGAAACAGAAAUCCAAGAAGAAGAAGCGAAAGAAGAAGAAAGGACAAACUCAGGAUGAAACAGAAGAGGAAGACCAAGAGGUGAGCGAAUCCGAGGGGCCCGACGAAGAAGGGCCUCCCAAGCCGGAGCCCCCGGAAAAGCUGGACUUUGAGGUCAUCAAGCAGCAGGUCCGCGAGAAAGCGUCCAGAAUACGCCGCAAGCCUGGCGAGGCCAAUCUGAUUCCGGAGUUGACUGCUUCUGGAAAGAUUUCUGAGGCCGAGCUCUGCCCCAGAGGCGAAUUGGCUCGACGAGAGGACGUUGCCAGACGCUCAGUUUUCAUCAAGAUUCUGUACAACGAUAAGGAGGUGUCGCAGACCAACAGCCGCAUGCUCACCUCUGACUUCAGAGUGCACUUUGGGGAGAUUUUCAACCUGAAGAUCGUCAACUGCCCCCGUAGCAUUACCUUACAGGUCUUCGAGGAGGUGGGAUCGUCGUGCUUGCUCCUAGCACAAGUCUACGUGCCUGUGCCACAUUCCUCGGUGUUGCCGGCCAAUGCCUCCAUCGAGGAGUUUGAGUUCAGCAGCAACCAGAGGGUGAUGUUUGACCACGAGGGCGUGGGCAGUGAUGUUCCCCUUUCCUUCACGGCCGAAGGCAGUGACAACGUGAUCCUUCUGACCUCCGGCAAGGUGUCGUGCUGCGUUUCAUGGGGCGUCGACGAGGACGACGUGCCACUCGCGCCUCCCAUGUCUCAGCAUCCCAGCAUCCUUCACGGUGGCGUGGGUCCUGUUGACGCCAUCUCCCACAUCGGCUCAUCCGGCGAUACGAAAAAAAUCAGCGAGUGGGCCAUGCAGUCUCGACUGGACCCCAACGAUCCCAAAAAUGCCUCCAUUAUGCAGCUGCUUAAAGUGGCCAGCAGCGGCGAGGUGACGGCCCCUGACUACUUCCGUCUGGAGCAGCUGCAAGAGGAGUUCAACUUUGCCAGCGACGAGGAAUUGGCGCAGUCACGGCGCUUCCGCCUGCUGGCGCUCCGGAACCAGGAGGUGCCAGAGUUUCGCAACUACAAGUGCGUCCCCUCUCGCGAGAGAGAGGUCACCGAUAAAGUGUUUCAGGACUACGAAAAGAGGCUGAAGGAAGGCGAGAUCAUCGACACCAAAGAACAUCUCGAUUCCCAUCGAGCCUUGGUUGCCAAGUACCUCCAGAAGAUUCGUGAGGCAGUAAUCCACAGGUUCCUCCUGGCCAGCCAUCACUUCCUGCUGUCCGACAUGGUCAUCGAGGAGGAGAUGCCGUGUUUUGGCGGAGCACAUUUGCAAAGAGUGCCAGAUCGCCACCUUCGAGAUGGCGGUGCAUUUUUAGAGCUGAGGAAUCCUGAGCCGAUAGAAAUGACUGGCAGGGCAGAGUUGCUGAUGAUUUUGGGCCUCAACCUCUUCCACUUGGCUGAGCCCAAGCGUCCUCUGAAGCCUCAGAGGAAGGAGAGGAAGAAGGUGACGGCUCAAAACCUGUCCGACGGAGACAUCAAGCUGCUGGUCAACGUCCUGAGGGCGUACGACAUCCCCGUGCGCCGCUCGCAGAGCAGUAAAGCAGGACAGUCACAGGGUGCCAUCCAGGCCAGUGACUGGCUCAUCAGCCAGGUCCAGGUGAGGCCCUUCGUGGAGGUCUCCUUCCAGCGCAACGUCUUCCAAACGACCACCGCCGACGGGCCCAACCCCUGCUGGAACGAGGAGCUGCAGCUGCCUUUUCGCGCGCCAAACGGGGACUAUAGCAUCGCCAGCUUGCAGUCGGUCAAGGAUGACGUCUUCAUUAACAUAUUUGAUGAGGUGGUUCGUGACAUCGGGAUGAGCGACAAAGACAAAGACAAAGGCAAAACGCUGCACACUCGGGUGGAGAAGCACUGGUUGGGCUCCGUCAAGAUUCCCUUCAGCACCAUCUACGCGCAGUCCAGGAUCGACGGCACGUUCAAGGUGAACACGCCGGCCGUGCUGCUGGGCUACAGCAAGGAGCGCAGCAGCAGCAACACGGGCGCCUACGAGGCCAUGCAGAGCCUGUGCCAGGGAGCCUUCAUCACGCUCUUCAUCACCAUCGAGCCUCAGCUGCUGCCCGGCGAAUCCAUCAGGGAGAAGAUAAAGGAACUCAAGUUUGACAGCCAAGAGGACGAGCGUCUGCUGCAGGCAGCCGAGCGCUUCGAGCGCGUGGCGGCCGCCGAGUUCCCGGGCCGGCCGUGCACGACCACCGUGGUGGACCUCAACGGCAAGACGGUCUUCAUCACACGCUACAUACGACCGCUCAACCCGCCGCAGGAAUUGUUGGCCGAAGAACCUCAGGAGGCCACGGCCCAGGUGGCGCGCUUUGUGUCGCUCAUUCCGUCUCUACCGGACAGAGUGUCCUUCGCUGGCAUCUGUGACCUGUGGAGCACCUGUGAUCAAUUCCUGACGUUGCUGGCUGGAGAUGAAGAGGAACACGCCGUGUUGUUGUGCAACUACUUCCUGUUCCUGGGCAAGAAGGCUUGGCUCGUUAUUGGCACUGCCAUACCGGAGGGCUCCAGCGCCUACGUGCUGACGCUGGAACAGGGCCGCUACCUGAUCUGGAACCCCGGCAGCGGGCAAUACUACGGACAGUACGACACCUUCUGCCCCCUGCAGGCGGUCGGCUGCCUCGUCAAUGCCGACAACGUGUGGUUCAACAUUCAAGAGCACACGUCCCCCAUGAGGAUAAGCUUCGACGUGAGCCGAGCCAAUGGCUGGAGGCCCUUUUUUACACGCUCCUUCGCCCAUCCCGGACUCUCCAGCGUGCAGCCAGAAGAGCUGGUAUACCGACACUCGGACAAAGCGACCGCAGUCGAGCUGCAAGAGAGGCUGGAGAAGCUGCUGCGCGACAAGCUGAUGGAGUGGCGCCCCCACCGGCCCACCCGCUGGAACCGCUACUGCACCAGCGCCCUCAAGCACUUCCUGCCCAGUCUGGAGCAGGGCGCCAGCGGCCCAGGCGGCAACGCCGGACGUGAUCUGGCGGAGGGUCACCGGCACGAGCUGCAGAACCUGCUGGGUGACAACCGGAUUUCGGGGUUCCCGCUGCACAUGGCUUUCUCGGAAAUGGGUCCCGUGGUGGAGGCGGUGCACAGCACGGGGGUGCACACCAUUCAGACAGCCAACGUGGAAUUCGCCUUGGCCGUCUACGUCCACCCAUACCCCAACAACGUACUCUCUGUCUGGGUGUACCUCGCUUCUCUCGUGCGUGCCUGACAGGCACACAAACCAGCAAGAAAUGUUUGUACAGGUAAGGCAUCAGCGUCCGUGGCUGACUCUGCGUGUCGUGAGUGACGCUCCCCCUCGGUUCAACGUCAUUGCGACCCGAUGAUGCAAAAGCACCUUCGAAAGGUUAACUUUGAAAUCUAUUUUUAACACGUCAGACUGCAAAAUACGACAUAUAAAAUUAGCUUCUUUCCACCUAUUACAACUUCACUUUUGUAUCA